AUGCAUUGGUUUAUCGCCGCCGUUCAGGAAUGCAAGGCCGCUGCUCAGGAGCAUCUGCAUUUCCUGAGAUCACUAUCAUGCGUGGGGUUUGGCAACAUCGACAGUGAUGGGGAUCUCACCUCAAUACGACCUGUCUCCAGCUCGUCUAGUAUCAUUGACUUACCCACACCACCCUCAAAUCACGGUCUCGGUCUAAGGCCGAUAGUGAUCGCGGGGAAACUCUUUCAUAACGCGAUUUUCGGUACUUACGAGCCAAAGACGAGAACAGUUGUAUUGAACGAACCUGCCCUGUCUUGUCCAUUUAAAGAUAUUGUUUAUCUUGAUAAUUGCGACUUCAAAGUCCUCGCGGAAUCAAGCAACGGAAAUAUGAUUGUUACCUUUACCCACGUGAACAUCAAUGCUUGGCGUGUUAUUGCGUCUGUUCCGUAUCAUGUUGCUCAAUCACGGCCCAAGCAACCUUUUCGACCUUCUCUAGCCUCCUUAGAGCAGCAGCAUUCUCCAGCUCCUCCGCCCCCCGUGAGGCUUAUGCCGCACACUCAGAGCGGGUCUAAUCAGUUUUGA